GGAACGCGGCCUAUAUUUUGUUUCCGGCCACGUCUUUUAGCAGAAGACGCCGAGUACUGGAGUGACAACACCGUGCUUUCCAGCCUCUGUGCGGGACUAACUAUGCUCAGCUGAUGCCUGGGGAGUGAGGAGGCGGGCCGCGAGACACACAAACAUGGAGAGAGGCUGGCUGGUGGUAUUAUUGGGGGUGGUGUGCUGGUGUGCUGGGGCCGCCGGGGUGGAACUUACUUUUGAACUCCCCGAUAAUGCUAAGGAGUGCUUCUAUGAGGAGAUCGAGAAGGGCACAGCUUCCUCCCUCGAGUUCCAGGUCGUCACUGGCGGCCACUAUGAUGUGGAUGUGGUGCUGGAAGGACCCUCCCGGCAGAUCCUCUACCGGGAAAUCAAGCAGCAAUAUGGGCAGUUCCAGUUCACCCCAGAAACCACCGGCACCUACCAGGUGUGCUUCAGUAAUGAGUUCUCCACCUUUAGCCAUAAACUUAUCUAUGUAGAUUUUCAAGUUGGGGAUGAGCCGCAGCUCCCUGGGGUCGGAGAACACUUCACUGCCAUGACUCAGAUGGAAUCCUCUUCACAAAAGAUACAUGAAGAUUUAAAUUCUGUCAUAGACUACCAGACACACCACCGUCUGCGGGAGGCACAGUCCCGCAAGAGAGCUGAGGAUCUUAAUGAGCGAGUGCUAUUUUGGGCAGUGGGGGAGACCCUAGGCAUCCUGGUCAUUACUGUGGGACAGGUUAUGGUAUUAAAGAACUUCUUUGCUGACAAAAAAGGAAACCAAGCUUCCUACUAAGUUAGUGGUUUGUGAAAGAAGACUUGGCAAUGACGAGGUUCAUUAAGCUGCAUCUACCAACUGUUUGAAGACUGUGGCUACAGCAAGCCUUGAGGAUCUGUCACACUGAGUGCAGCUUUUGUAUAUGUCAUCACUGUGGCAUUCUUGUAUUACAGACACUUGAAAUUAGUCUGAUAAUUUAUAUUCCAGGAGGUUGAACACACUAAAGGUAUUGAAAAAAGAUGAAAAACCAAUCAGUGAUUCCUGAUUAGUGGAGUGUGAAAUCUUAUUUUCAUUAAGUUUAUAUGGGUUGGAUUUUAUACUGAACUUAUUAGUACUACUUCUUGUAACUAAUUCUUUCCUUCUGAGAGCGACAUACCAUAAGUAUCACUAAACAGUAUCUGUCUCCUCUUGUCUAGUAAAAUUUCAUGUCCUUUAUAUUGUACUUAUUGUAGGGGCUUCAGUUCCUCAGGAGAAAAGUAUGAAGUGAAAUUUCCCUCAGAUUGCACGAAUCCUGGCCUCUGAGGAACUGGUGUUCAUCUUGACUGUUGGGAAAUCAAAUUCAAUAACAAAUACAGAUGAGACUGAAUUUGACCUCACAUUUUCUGGGUAAUGUAUAUCUACAAGUAUUUCAUACAAAAUAUAUAAGAUCCCUGGUUAAUGAUGCCAUGCAAUAUUGUUAUGUUGAUUGAACAUAUAAUAUCUAAAGAUCUUUUAACUUAAACUGUUUAAACUGUUUGUGUCUCCAAGUAGGUUUAGUUAUUGUAGGACAUGUUAUUCACAAGUGGUCAGUCAGUCUGUCAAUAGCACUGUGAAAGUUGGGUUGGUGUUUUUUGGGGUAAACAUCGGCCGGAGCCAGUGGAGUCGAGAUGUAUUCUGAAUUGCAUUUGCUUCUACUGUACAA